AUGCUCCACCUCCCCGGCGCGGCGGGCGAGACGGGCCGGUGGUGCGCCCUCGGCGGACUGGAGAGGCCUCGGGAUCCCACCUCGGCCGGCGGGGGGGGAGACACGGGCGCGGGAGAGGGCGGGACGCGCGGCGGGGGAGAGAACCCCCCCGGACCGGCGACCGCCCGCCCCGCGCCCGAGCGCCCCCGCCGGCCUUCACCUUCAUUGCGCCACGGCGGCUUUCGCGCGAGCCCCCGACUCGCGCACGCGUUAGACUCCUUGGUCCGUGUUUCAAGACGGGUCGGGUGGGUGGCCGACGUCGCCGCCGACCCCCAACCCGACUCCGGGAAGACCCGGGCCCGGCGCGCCGGGGGCCGCUACCGGCCUCACACCGUCCACGGGCUGGGCCUCGAUCAGAAGGACUUGGGCCCCCCACGAGCGGCGCCGGGGAGUGGGUCUUCCGGGACGGCGGGGGUGGGACACGAGCCGGCGCGAGAGGGGACGGACGCGGGCGGGACCCGGGGCCGGCGCGGCAACGCGGGGCGGCGCGCGGGGAACCCUCCCCGCGGAAGACGCGCGCGUCUGGCGGACGGGCACGACCGCGGCGUCCCGCGGGACCGUCCGCCUCGGCGUGCGAGUCCGCGGGGCACGGGCACCCGCAACGCGCUCGCUCGCGGCCGGCGGCCGCGGCACGGGGCCGCCCUGACCCGACUCGAGCGCCCGGCGCGAAAACGUCAUCCCCCGGUUCGGGCAUCGCGGAACACAGUGGGGGGCGGGACGGACAAGACCCGGCCGCGGGCUCGUCUCUGCGCGGAUACCAACCCCCCCGGGAUGACCGCUCGCUCGCUCGCUCGCUCUAAGCCAGACGGGACCGCGAAGCGACGACCGCCAGAGUCUGAACUUAGGGGGACGGAGGGCCCCCGGAAGGGGGCCCUGCGAAGGGACACCCCCAGCCGCGCCACCCCCGCGGGGCAAGGCGCCCCGGGGGUGCCCACCCCCGAAGCCCGGGCUGCGGGAGAAGCGGCCCGCCCGCGAGCGAGCGCGGGCCGCCCCCGACCCGGGACGGGGGCGGAGUCUGGGAGAGACCGGGGACCGGCCUCCCCACGGGCCCGCCGCCCCGACCCCUUGGACGGACGGGCGACCCCCGACGGGUCUUUAAACCUCCGCGCCGGAACGCGAUACCAGGUACCUGGACACGAGAGGGCGGACGAGCGAGCGGGGGGGGGGCGACACCGCGACGGGAGGGCGCGCGGGCCCGUGCGGCGGCAGCAGCGGGAGGGAGGGGCACGCGCCCGUCCGCUCCCGGCCACCCGGGCCCGGAACCCGGACCCGCCGCGGCCGCCCCCGCAAGCCGGCGGGCGACACGACCCACCCGCAACAUGCCUUAACCCGGGCAACCGGCUCGCCCACCCGGCGGCACGGGCGCCGCGGGGACGGCACCGCACACGGCCACACCCACCGGGCCGACGCCGGCCACGCGAUCCCAGCCGGCCUCCCUACCGCUCCUUCCUCUCCUCUCUCGCGCCCCCUCGCCAACUCAACCCGUCCGCGGCCGCGGGAAACACCGGGACGGGGGAAGGUCCUCACCGGCACGGCCGCCCCGGGAACGGGCGGGUCCCUCCUCCCAGGCCGGCCCCGACGUGCGAGAGCGGGUCACACGGGGACGGACGACGACGGCGACGCGGGAAAGACGGCGACGACGACGAGGAGGAGCCCCGAGGGACCGCGGCGCCGGAAACCCCGGCGGAUCGCGGAAGGCCACCCUCGCGCCGAAUAGUCAAGUUCGACCGUCUUCUCAGCACUCCGCCAGGGCCGUGGGCCGACCCCGGCGGGGCCGAUCCGAGGGCCUCACUAAACCAUCCAAUCGAAGCCGGCCCGAAUUCACUCACUCGCACGGACGCGGGGGCCGAGCGCACAGCGACCCGCGCCGCCGCGGACCGGCGGUGCCGGCAGGGGGUCGGGGGUCCGCGGCGACGACCCGUCGGCGACAAGUCACCGGCCACCGGCGGCGGCCGGAGGCGGCGGCAGGGACCCCGGGAGGCGGGCGACACCAAACCCAACGCACGCGAGCACGCUCACACGCGGACACCGCCGGCACAGAGCGGACAGGGCCAGGCACGGGAACCGGGGUCGCGCCGGGCACGCGGCGGCGACACGCCGAGAGAGCACAACACCCCGGAUCCGGGACAGGGGCGGGGACGAAGCCACACGGCUCGAGACGGAGGAGACGAUGCGAUGCGGGCAAGCCUACGCACGGCAAAGCGGGAGGGAGGCGCGGGAACCCGGGACAACAUCGCGCAGGCACGCGAGGCGGCACCCAGCGGGAGGAGGCACGUCGUGACGCCGGCUUCGGGCCCCUCGGACGGCCAACUCCCGAGCGAGGGACGCACGCGGGAAUCUCACCACCAUCGCCCCCGUGGCGUACCGGCGGUCCCGCUGGCAGGAACCCUCGUCGUGAGCAAAACCGAUCCGGGAAGACCCUUCAAAAGCCACCGCCGCCGCGACGACGUGCCUCCCCCACACCGGGGGAGCAGCCUCACGAGCUGA